AUGGGGAUAACUUCAGUUUUAUUUGAUGUGGUUGAAACGCCUCUCAAAAGUACUAGAAACAAAGCGUUUUAUGAUGCCCUUCUGGAAUCUGGCAUAGAGUUGGAAGAGCCUAGUGUUCCUCGACCUGAAAACUAUGGAAUUGACUACGAUUCCCUUUCAUUUGAACAGAAAAGAUCACUCUAUCCCAGUCUGAUAGAGGAGUUGAGAACCACUCCUGACUGGGGAAAAUAUAAAUAUCCAUAUUCGCUUCGCCCCGCUGCCGGACCGAAAAAGAACAAAAUGAAGUAUCAGAUCUUAUCGAAAGUUCGCGAGGGAUAUAUUUGGGAUCGGUUCUACAAUCGAUUAGUUAAACCAGAACAUCUAGCUGCUUGGCAAGUGGAACAGCAGAAAAUUCAGGAGGAAACUCUUGGCAGGGACCCCAGAACUUCACUUGAAUCCGACGAACCUCCAGAGCCCUAUGUGCCAGAAAAGUGGCGAUUGGAUUAG